UCUCUCUUAUGAUUUUGCUCACUUCACUUUAGCUCAUGAUUAGAGUUAUAAUCUUUAGAUUAACAACAUUUAAUCAUCAUUUUUGUUUGAUUUUUGUUUUUUAUUUGAACCCCAUUUGUUGUAUUUAGUGAUUUUAAGUACUUUGUAUAAUUUUUAUCUUGAUCGGUUGUUGAACUGAUGGAUACAGUUGUAUGGGUGAUUUUCAUGUUUUUUUCUAGAAUUUUUGGGAAUAUUUGAAUUUUUUUUUUUUUUUCUGGUAAUAAUUAGGACCUUGGAAAAUGGGAUAAUCUGGGCAACAAUUUCAAUGAUCUAAUUUGUUCUUCAUUAUGGGUUUUUAUCUAAUUUUAUCUGCAUUUGCUUGAAUUUUUCUGGGUUUUUUUUAAAUUUUUUUUUUUUUUUUUUUUUUUUUUUUUUAUAACAUUUCCUCCUAUUUUCAGUUCCUAGAUUUGCAUGUUAUUUCCCCCUCCUUUUUAUACUGUUUUUAAUUUUAUUUUUUUGGAAUUUUAUUUUUCUGGGUUUGAUGAUAUAUGUAUUGUUUAAUAUACACUUUCUACCCAAUUGUUGAUAUGAUUUUCUGUGAAUUAUUAAUACAGAUUUUGGAAAUUUAUAUGAUAAUGUUGAAGAAGAGGAGUAGAUCAAUUCAGCAAGAACAACAAAUAAUGGGGGGUCAAAUAACAUCAGAUGGAGGUUCUGAAACUUGUUUACAGGCUGAAAUUUUAGGGCAAAGACAAAAGACCAACUCUUUUUUUAAUGUUCCUGGUCUAUUUGUAGGAUUAACCCCAAAAGUUGCUUCAGAUUGUGACUCAGUUAGAAGCCCAACUUCACCUCUUGAUUUUAAGUUGUUCUGUAAUUUGGGCACUUGUUUUAGGUUCCCUAAAUCCUCUUUAGAAGUGCACCAAAAGUGUUGGGAAUGUCACAAGGUUGGACUUGGAAGCAUUGUGGAUUCACUUGAUGAUGAUGACAGGAACUUAACUGAGAAGGAUAAAGUUAUGCCUUCAUCUAAUAGUAAGACUAUACUGUUUGGGUCUCAGAUUAGGAGUAAAGGAGCCCCAAACUCGCCCACCAACCGUGUCGAUUUUUGUGAGUCGUCGCCUAAGUCGUUGCCAAAAAACUAUGCAAUUUUCCCCCAUGCUAGGUUGAUGAAGCCUUCUAAUCUUCAGAAGGGUAGCUCUGAUGUUUUAUUUGAGAUUGGAGGGGACCCUUUAGAGUCUGACCCUUUUGGGAAGAUCCAGUCUUUUUCUUUGGAUUCUAAGAGGCUAGGGUCAGAGAUGUAUAGGCUGAAGUCUCGUAAUGUAGAGUCGAGGACCAAGCGUUCUUGUUUUGAGAACGAGACAAUGGAGAAGUGUUUGAGUUUUGACUGGAUUGGAGGAGGUCUGGAUGCCGAGAAUAAGCUGACUACAGGUACAAUGGCGAUUCCUUCUUGCAAUGAGAUGGCUCGGUCUCUUACCCCUGAAGAGAUUGAGCUCUCAGAGGACUAUACAUGUGUGAUUUCGCAUGGUCCCAAUCCCAAAACCACUCAUAUUUUUGGUGACUUUGUUUUGAAAAGUCACCCCAAUGAAAUUGAUCCUGAAAAUAAGAAAGAAAGUUUAGAGACCAAAAUGCCUUGUAUGGAAAACUGUUUGCAGAUAUCUGCACCAUCACCAUACCCUUCAAACGAUUUCUUGAGCUGCUGCUACUUUUGCAAGAAGAAGCUGGAAGAGGGAAAAGACAUUUAUAUGUAUAGAGGUGAGAAAGCUUUCUGCAGCUGGGAUUGCCGUUUGGAGGAGAUCUCCAAUGAGGAGGAGCAAGAGAAAUCUAUCACCGGAGAUUCUCCCAAGGCGGAAACUGGUGAUGACAUUUUUGAGAAAAGCAUGUUCGUUGCUAUAUAGAGAAAUUAUUAAUUGCUUUCCUUGAAGUCAUUAUGCCCAUGAUUGAUGAAACUGCCAAUGUUUGAUCAUCUGAUAAUAAAGAGCUGUAUCUUUUGUAUAUCUAUAAGCAGCCUCGGGUGUUCACUGUAUGGCGUGUUAGUAAAACCUUUUGUUGCAAUUCAUCUCUCAUGGUUCUAAUGACUUUUGGAUAGCAAAUCGGCUAGAUCCUAUAAUUUUGACCGUAGUUAUAAAAGCCGGGGAUGGCUUCUUUUGCCAUUUCUGCUUCUAUCCUCUCCUGGCUUCUCCAGGAACUGUGAAAGACCCAAAAAAAAAAGAAGUGUUUUUUGUUCCUUCUUUUUGAUUCACCAUUUUGAAAGGAGUUGAUGUAUAAGCCUCCCAUAUGGACAAAUUAUUGAGAUUAUUAUAUAGUAUUUUGGAUAUAAACCUUGAUCAUUUUGCUGGAUAUGAUUCAUAUAUAAUUACAGAUUGUUGUUUGA